GCUCAUUCUAUCACAAUCCACCAUUCACAUAGCUCUCAUCAGAAGAAGCGUAGUUAUUUAACUUGUCAGGUUUAUUCUUCAUAUCAGUUUUCCUUUACGCUCAUUCAAGAGGGAGAUAAUGGCUGACCAACUUACCGAGGAGCAAAUUGCAGAGUUCAAGGAGGCCUUCUCUCUGUUCGACAAGGAUGGUGAUGGUACAAUCACCACGAAGGAGUUGGGUACCGUCAUGAGAUCACUUGGUCAGAACCCUACCGAGGCUGAACUACAGGACAUGAUCAAUGAGGUCGAUGCUGAUGGUAAUGGAACGAUCGACUUCCCAGAGUUCCUUACGAUGAUGGCAAGGAAGAUGAAGGAGACUGACAGUGAAGAGGAGAUCAGAGAAGCUUUCAGGGUCUUCGACAAGGAUGGUAACGGCUUCAUCAGUGCUGCAGAGUUACGUCACGUGAUGACGAACCUUGGUGAGAAGCUGACAGACGAAGAGGUGGAUGAGAUGAUCAGGGAAGCCGACAUCGAUGGUGAUGGUCAAGUUAAUUAUGAAGAAUUCGUGACAAUGAUGACAUCACGGUAAAGAUGCACCAUUUCUUAGUAAUUUUUUUUGUAAGAAAUUAUUUGUUUGUUAAAUAUUGUAUACAAUUACAAGUUUAGUUAGUUCUCAACGUAUAUCAGAAACACGAUGACAUGUAGACGAAAUUAUUUUACAAUUUCAUAUUGGGAAAUGAAUAAUUGUUUUGUACUUCAAUCAUCAUGUAAUUUUACAUGUCUUACAUGUUGUUCUUCCUAAAUCCUGAAAUUAUAUCGUGCUAGAAAUUUUAUUUUACAGUUUCAAAUAUUUCAUUACAGAGCUAAAUUGAAUUGGUCAUGCUUAUCAUUAUUAUUUAAAAGACUUGAUAGAAAUGGCUGAGUUCCCUAGUAAUUAGUAAAGCUCCAGCAACGAGUAUUGCUUCUUUCCUAAACCACAGGAAAUUAUCAGCUACGUAUAGAGGCAUGCAGUUGUAAGUCAGUGAUUUGCAAACUGAUGUGACUUGUAAAACUUUAUUUACACAUCUUUAUUCCAAUUUUGUGUGAUAAUUCACAUGAUUCUCUACAACUAUUUGCUCUGAGCUGGAAACCAAGGUUUGUCUCUAUCACUCUCCUCUAUAUCAUCGUAGAGGGAGACAGCGCUGUGACAAGAAGGUGGGAAGAAAAUAUACUGCAUAAAAAUAGCUGAAGUGACGACCCGUUUGGCUCAACCGUAUGAUAGCGUUUUUAAAAAGUCACCUCUUUUGAAAGUGUUAAGAUCUUCCACAGUCUUAUGUUGAUAUGACAUAUUCUAAGCAUUAUACCAAUUAUUUUCAUUAGAUUGUCUAGUACAGGUCAAAUGUAUAGUCAUGUAUUAAGAGUUAAUGCCGAAUCUUUUACUAAUAAGUGUCGUAAUAUUAUAGCAAGUAAGACAAACUUAUCCGGGAAAAAAUUGUAGAAAUUAAAACAAGUAGAAAGAUAGCAACUAAAUAAGAAAUUACUUAAAAUUAGCAUAAAUGCUUAGCUUCUUUUUAUGUAAAGUAAUAUUAUUUAUGGCAAAAUGUGUAAUAGUAAAUUGUUCACUACGUAAUGGUAAACGAGUAUAUAAGUAGGCAGCUGCACAUUUUCUUCACUCGUAUGUCCAGUCAAACCUGAGCAGAAAGAGUAAUCAUUAUAGACAGAUCUGAUGAUCUUUAUAACAGUGUAUUUCGAUACAAAUAAAGUAUACGAUCUUUGUAUAUAAACAGUUGAUCGCUAAAACCGAUUUGACUGUAGGCCUACAUGAUAAUGCCAUCCAUUAGUUUAUGAAUGUUUCAUUGUGAUAUUUUGUUAGGACAAUUAUUAUGAAAUAAACAUUCUAAAUGUCA